CGUCCUUUUGUCAGCGCGCACCGCCAAGAGAGCUCUCAUUUCCUCCCAGCCUCUUGCGGGAAAUGGAUUUAAUUCUGACGGCAGGGCUGUAAGGGACGAGCGGGAACGAAAGCCUUUUGUCAAGGAGUAGCAGCCUCUGUUGUCUGUAAUUACCACCAACGCGGAGAAGCUGCACUGCUGGUGGAAUUCCAGGCAGCUCCGACAAGUGCGGGGCUGUUAGGAUGGGUAGAAAACAUUGCUCUGUAGAUUAGCUGGGUGCAUUUAUUAAGCAGAUCCAAAAAAGAAAACAACAACAACAACAACACAAAACAAAAAACCCGAACAAUCCACAGUGGAAGACCAGAGAUGGAUAAGGUGCCGUGCAGGAGAAAUUGAAUGUCAUGUUCCUGGAUGGGAAGAAUCGAUGUUGCAAAGAUGUCAAUUCCUCACAGAUUCUGCCGCGUGGAUGGCAGCCUUCCUGUUUCCACCCGGAUGUGUGAAAUCCUGUUCAUGUGGUUGGCGUCCCUGAGAGCAGAGCAGGCUGCACAGGCCGAGCACUGAGAAGACGCAGCCUGAGACAAGGCUAAUCCAGCCUCCCGGGUUCCAGGAGUGGAUAAUAAACCUACCAGGAAAAUGAGUGAAGAGACUGUCCCCGAGGCUGCCUCCCCGCCGCCCCCGCAGGGGCAGCAGUACUUCGACCGCUUUUCUGAAGACGACCCUGAGUACAUGCGCCUUCGCAACCGUGCAGCGGACCUGCGGCAGGACUUCAACCUGAUGGAGCAGAAGAAGCGCGUGACCAUGAUCCUGCAGAGCCCUUCUUUCAGGGAGGAGCUGGAAGGCCUCAUCCAGGAGCAGAUGAAGAAAGGGAACAACUCCUCCAACAUCUGGGCCCUGCGGCAGAUCGCGGACUUCAUGGCCAGCACCUCCCACGCAGUCUUCCCAACAUCUUCCAUGAACUUCUCCAUGAUGACGCCCAUCAAUGACCUCCACACAGCUGACUCCCUGAACCUGGCCAAGGGGGAGCGGCUCAUGCGGUGCAAGAUCAGCAGCGUCUACCGCCUCCUGGACCUCUAUGGCUGGGCCCAGCUGAGCGACACCUACGUCACGCUGAGAGUCAGCAAGGAGCAGGACCACUUCCUGAUUAGCCCUAAGGGAGUUUCUUGCAGCGAAGUCACAGCAUCCAGCCUGAUCAAGGUGAACAUCCUGGGAGAGGUGGUGGAGAAGGGCAGCAGCUGCUUCCCAGUGGAUACCACAGGCUUCUGUCUGCACUCGGCCAUCUAUGCAGCCAGACCCGAUGUGCGCUGCAUCAUCCACCUGCACACGCCAGCCACGGCAGCGGUGUCAGCCAUGAAGUGGGGCCUCCUGCCUGUCUCCCACAAUGCCCUGCUGCUGGGGGACAUGGCCUAUUAUGACUUCAACGGUGAAAUGGAGCAGGAAGCGGAUCGGAUCAGCCUGCAGAAGUGCCUUGGACCCACCUGCAAGAUCCUGGUGCUAAGAAACCAUGGAGUGGUUGCUCUAGGUGACACCGUAGAGGAGGCGUUUUAUGAGGUCUUCCACCUGCAGGCUGCUUGUGAGAUACAGGUGUCCGCUCUGUCCAGCGCCGGGGGAGUGGAGAAUCUCAUCCUCCUGGAGCAGGAGAAGCACCGACCCCAUGAGGUGGGCUCCGUGCAGUGGGCGGGGAGCACUUUUGGGCCCAUGCAGAAGAGCCGGCUCGGGGAGCAUGAGUUUGAGGCCCUCAUGAGGAUGCUGGACAACCUGGGUUACAGAACAGGCUACACGUACCGCUACCCCUUUGUUCAAGAGAAAACCAAACACAAAAGUGAGGUGGAGAUUCCAGCCACGGUCACCGCCUUCGUGUUUGAGGAGGACGGUACCCCAGUUCCCACCCUGCGGCAGCACGCCCAGAAGCAGCAAAAGGAGAAGACCCGCUGGCUCAACACGCCCAACACCUACCUGCGAGUCAAUGUGGCUGACGAGGUCCAGAGGAGCAUGGGCAGCCCCCGGCCCAAGACCACAUGGAUGAAGGCUGACGAGGUGGAGAAAUCCAGCAGUGGCAUGCCAAUCAGGAUCGAAAACCCAAACCAAUUUGUGCCUCUCUAUACUGACCCCCAAGAAGUGGUGGACAUGCGGAACAAGAUUCGAGAACAAAACCGACAAGAUGUGAAGUCAGCGGGGCCUCAGUCCCAGCUCCUGGCAAGCGUUAUUGCUGAGAAGAGCCGAAGUCCGUCUACAGAGAGCCAGCUGAUGUCCAAGGGCGAUGCAGAUACCAAAGAUGAGACAGAGGAGACAGUGCCCAACCCCUUCAGCCAACUCACUGACCAGGAGUUGGAGGAGUACAAGAAAGAGGUGGAGAGGAAGAAACUAGAACUGGACGGAGAGAAGGAAACCACUGCAGAGGAGCCUGGCUCACCUGUAAAGUCUGCACCUGCUUCUCCAGCACAGAGUCCAGUGAAGUCCGAGACGAAGAGCCCCGCGGUCUCUCCCUCCAAGUCUUCAGACGAAGGUGCUAAGAAGACAGAAACAAGCAAAGCCACCACAGAGCCUGACACGACUCAGCCAGGAGAGGUGGUGGUCAACGGGAGAGAGGAUGAGCAGACCGCAGAGGAAGUUCUCAGCAAAGGCUUGAGCCAGAUGACCACCAGUGCCGACACGGAUGUCGAUACCUCUAAGGACAAAACCGAAUCGGUCACCAGUGGCCCCAUGUCCCCAGAGGGCUCACCUUCCAAGUCUCCCUCAAAGAAGAAAAAGAAAUUCCGAACCCCAUCCUUCCUGAAAAAGAGCAAAAAGAAGGAGAAAGUGGAGUCCUGAUUCGUAGCACCCUUGGGCUCCCAUCUGCAUCCUCUCUCUCCUCCCCUUCCCUUGCCCCAUCUCUGUCCCUGGAAGCACAGGGCCAAGGAGGGAUAGAACAGGACCCUGGAUCACACUCUGAGGGGGAAGUUAGAGAUCACCUGACCAACUCCUCAUUUUACAGUUGCCCCAAAGAAAACAGGUGACUUUCCCAAGGUCACACAGCUCGUUAGUGGCAGAGCCUGCACUAGGAUUCAGGUCUCCUGGCUCCCAGUCCAGUGCUCUUUCCACUACAUAACACUGCCUAGCUGUGGGCCGCCUUUGUGAGGAUGCUGCCCACUGAUCUGAGCCCAGAGCAAGGAGGGCAGAGUGGGCCGCAGGCUCUCACAGGCUCAGUCUAAGUCAGACAGGUCGAGGCUUCCCCUGAGCAAGGUCCUUUUCCUCGAGGGAACCCAGUCUCCUGCUGAUGGAGCUAUCACUCCGUUUAGAAAUCUCUCUUUUUUGCAUAGGGUCCCUGCCCUGCUGCUCACAGUAAUCAGAGAAACUGACCUGUCCCCUCCAGCAGAAGUUAAUCUUUGUUCCCAAGGGCUGAUGGCUUAGCUUGUGCUUUCCCGACCACUAACCCCAAGCUUUCUUCAUGGAACCUCCUGACUCACGGAUGGAAGAUGGUGCGAGUUGGCAGACAGAAGGGCAAGCCAAGUCAGCCAUAGGACUGGGGAUAGUUUAAUCAAUAGAAGAAGCCAGGAACUUGACCCAUUGAAAUUGUGCAUCUCAGACGCUUCAAAACUAAAACCAAAUUUAGCUUAGAAAAAUGUCUCGUGCUCAGGGCAGAAAUUUGGGGAAAUUUAGAUCCUCUGUUAGCGUUGGGUUGUACGAGGAGGAUCAGAACAGCACAGGAUGUGCUCUGCCUUUCUAGCUUUGCAUGGCACCCGGAGCAGUGUGGCUCUCCCUGUCUCACUCCUGUGUGGCGGUCAGGUGUCCCCUGACCCCUCAAACCUGGAAGCACUGGCUCACAGACUGGAACUGGCAUCUUACCCUUGGCACUUUGACCUUGGCUCCUUUGGGUUCCAACUCAGUCAGUGUGGGUCCAGCAGAGGAGAACGAGAUGAGCCCUUCAGGAUUAAUCCCUAGGACCUGCUAUCAGAGAAAUGCUUGGGUGUCCCUGGCCCUGUCGCUGUCUGUCUAUCCUGGGUCCUGAUAAUAGCCACAGCUAUUGUAUUAAAUGCCAACACUAUCUUUUCAGAUUCUUCCAUGGGGCGUUGAUUAGUGAGCAUGGUUGGCUCCUAAAAAAUAGACAAUCCAUCCUCUUUAAAGCACAGUGUCUUCAAAGAAUAUUUUCCCUUCUUAUCCUAAUUAUUGUAAAAGUAUUUUUGAAAGAUCUUAAUCAUAGUUUUCCAUUUUUGAGCACUUACUAUAUAUACAUAUGUAUAGACACUGUGAAGGCUUUACAUGCAUUAUAUCCUUUAACCCUCACAACAAUCCUGUGAUGUGGGUAAGAUCAUUCCCAUUUUAUGGGUAGGGAAACUGAGCCCCCAAAGGAUGCUUGACUUGUUCCAGGUGACUUGGCUAGAAAGAUCCAGAGCCUGGAUUUGAACCCAGAUCAGUCUGAGUCCAGAGCCUUUGCUCUUAACAGCUAUGAUGAUCAGAAAACUUUAAUCCCCAAGGGUGGUGGUUUUAGUUCAGGACCCAUUUCUGUGACUGGUCUCCACUGCAUAAUGUUAGCACUUGAAACGAAGGUACGAAACUACCUGGGUUCUCCUUCCUCAGUGCGCAUUAAGUUCCUAGUUAAUACAGAUUGUGGUGAGGCCAGUGUGGACCUCUGACAAAGGAGAGGCAAGAGCCUUUGGGUUGGGGCAGGAAAUACCAUCCAUAGUUGGGCUAUUUCUUGAGAAGGGAGGAAACUGACAUAUGACUAGGGAAAACCCCCUACUGUAGGUCUCUAGUGCAGAUGCCUAACUGCUACCCCAGGCCCCUCUGUCUGUUCUGCUUUCUGAUUGUGUCCAGUCUUGUGAUGGACAACUCAAUGGUGAGGGGCACUGAUGCCUCAGAAAACUCUGUGAUAUGGGAAAUGCCUUUAAAAGCCAAUCCUUUGAUGCCUUCUUUUAAAAAAUAGAUUUCACAUUCAUUCAUUCAUCCCUUCACAAUAUUUGUAAAGCACUUACUAAGCAUCGGACAUCAUGCUGACAUUAAAAAAAAAAUUCUUGUGACUAGAAUCAUCAGUGGCAAGCAGAGUUAAGAGAAGGGUGGAGUGGAGACAACCACUGAUGCAGCUUUUUGUGUUUGAGUGGUUGAAUUCAGAGAUGUUGUUGAUUGACUCUUUGCAUUCAACAAAUUCUCUCUAUUUCCUUUGCAACAGUAAGGUCUUGUUUAGGUGAAAAUGCGUGAGCCCUGCUAGAGCAUCAUCCUUGGAAUUUAUGCCACGAGUCUGCCUCCUCUUUACCCAUUUGUUCAUUCCUUGUGCAUGCAAAAAACAUACAUGAGCUUGGGUCAUGGGC